CUCCGCCCAGACGUGCGUCAUCUUUCCGCGCCGCGGACUGAAGUGCGGUGGUGAUCGCUGCCGGGUCGCGCCGCCGCUGGGCCGGGAGUGGAAAUGCUUCCCGGUGCCGGGAGUGAGCGAUGAGCUGGCUUGUGUUCGUGGCCCACAGAGUCGCCUUGGCCGCCGUGUCCUGCCGUUGCGGCUCUCGCGGGUUCGGGAUGUUCUAUGCCGUGAGGAGGGGCCGCAAGACCGGGGUCUUUCUGACCUGGAAUGAGUGCAAAGCACAGGUGGACCGGUUUCCUGCUGCCAGAUUUAAGAAGUUUGCCACAGAGGAUGAGGCCUGGACCUUUGUCAGGAAAUCUGCAAGCCCGGAUGUUUCAGAAGGGCAGGAAAAUCAACAUGGACGAGAAUUGCAGACAAAAGCCAGCAAGCGACUUCGUGAGCCACUGGUUGGAGAUGGAGAUGAAAGUGCAGAGCGGUAUGCAAAGUUCAUGAAGCCGAGCCUGGAGCCGGCGCCUCCAGUUAGCAGAGACACGUUUUCCUACAUGGGAGACUUUGUUGUCGUCUACACUGAUGGCUGCUGCUCCAGUAAUGGGCGUAGAAGGCCUCGAGCGGGAAUCGGCGUUUACUGGGGGCCGGGCCAUCCUUUAAAUGUAGGCAUUAGACUUCCUGGGCGACAGACAAACCAAAGAGCAGAAAUUCAUGCAGCCUGCAAAGCCAUUGAACAAGCAAAGGCUCAAAGCAUCAGUAAACUGGUUCUGUAUACAGACAGCAUGUUUACUAUAAACGGUAUAACUAACUGGGUUCAAAGUUGGAAGGAAAAUGGGUGGAAGACAAGUGCAGGGAAGGAGGUGAUCAACAAGGAGGACUUUGUGGCACUGGAGAGGCUCACCCAGGGGAUGGACAUUCAGUGGAUGCACGUUCCUGGUCAUUCGGGAUUUAUAGGCAAUGAAGAAGCGGAUAGAUUAGCCAGACAAGGAGCUAAACAAUCGGAAGACUGAGCCCAUGUGGCUUUAGUCCUUGGGAGAACUUGAGCCAGUGGCUGUCUUGCUACUUGUGCUUACUGGUGUGGAAAACAGCCUGCAGGUGGGACCGUCGCGGUGAUGGGCAGAUGCAUCUUUCACACGGAAUCAGGCACAGUGGCCUUCUGUUUUCAUAAAAAAUGGUUAAGUAUAUAAUAAAUUGAACAUCUUUGAGAUUGGAGAA